AGGGAGGGAGAGAUCGGGGAGGAAGGGAGCAGAUCCCGCUGAUCCAGGGACUGAAGGACUGAGGGAGGGGGGCGGCAUUGAGAUGCAAAAGGUGGGAAGGAGCUAAGAGGAGCCCAGCUGGGGGUGGCUUCCUCCCAGGCCCCUUCCUCACUCAUCCAGCUCGACCUUCGCUUUCGGUCUGGGCAAGCACAAAAGCCAGCCUGGAGAGGGGGCUGGAGGAGGGGGGAGGGAGCUGGGGGAGGGGCUGGGGAUGGAGGAGGGGGCCGGGGAGGCUGGGGGACCUUGGCCCAUCCCCGGCGCUGGCCUCUGUUUCCUCCUCCGCGGUCUACCCUCGUGGUCACCUUGAUGCCCUCGGCUGCAGCGGGGCGGGUUCUCAGGAAGCUUCCUGCUCCCCUCUCCCUGCCCCGGGCCCAGGCUCCCAGAGCCCGGCCAGGGCAGAGGCCGCGGGACGGGCAGGGCUGGGGGCCCGGCGCAGCGCCGUCGGGGAGACCCUCUCCGGUCCUCCUCAGCCACACUGUGUUCCGUCCCCUCGCCCCUUCAUGGCUCUGCAGGGCCCCCAUUCGGAACAAGCUUGAACUUGGAGCAUCUGCGAGUCAUCGGGUCUGCUUGGGGAGCCUGGAUGACCCCGGGCCAGACCUAGAACAUCGGUGGCCACAGGCAGAGCCCCCUCCCCGCUCUGAGCCAUGGCCUUGGAUGCCCAGAGGGGGUCCCAGCGAGUGCUCUUCGGCGAAUGGCUCCUGGGGGAGGUCAGCAGCGGGCGCUACCAGGGGCUGGGCUGGCUGGACGCUGCCCGCACCUGCUUCCGAGUGCCCUGGAAACACCUGUCUCGGAAGGACAUCAGCGAAGACGACGCGAGCAUCUUUAAGGCCUGGGCCGUUGCGCGAGGGCGGUGGCGACCCAGCCCCGAGGGCGGCGGCCCCCGGCCCCCAGAGGUCUCGGAGCGCUCCCACUGGAAGACCAACUUCCGCUGCGCCCUGAAGAGCACCCAGCUGUUCACCCUGGUGGAGGACAGGUCCUGGGACGAGCACGACCCCCACAAGGUGUUCGCCCUCAGCCAGCCCUGGCCCGGGGCCGCAGAAGUCGACAAGACCUCCGGGGAGCAGCAGCCGCAGGGCAUCGGUCCUUUGGGCCCUGUGGUCGAUGGCACGAUGACAAAGCUGCAGGCCGGACUCCGGGUCCUCUCUCUGGACGGACACGCCGCUGACGUUCCCAGUCCUGACCUUCUCCAACUGGCCCUGGCGCAGAGCGAGCUGGGGGGUCUGGCAGAGGCCCCCGACUCUUUCCAAGGGGAAGAGCCUGCCCGGGUUCUCAGCGAGGCCGGGCGCCCUCGGGAUGGAGGCUUCUGUCCAGCUCCCCAGCUCCCUCUGAGCAGCUCCCUCCCCACUGGCUUGGACUUGACCAUCCUGUAUAAGGGCCAGGUGGUGGGCCAGGCGGCCGUGGCCCAGGCCAGCUGCCUCUUGGUGGCCGGCGGCCCCUGCACGCCGCCCCCCGCGGGGGCCGCGGCCCCCCAGCUCGUGGCCUUGCCCAGCCCGGAGGCGCUGCGUCUCGCCGACCGGAAGCAAGCGCACUACACGGAGCAGCUGAGGCAGCACAUCGAGCCGGGGCUGGAGCUGCAGCUGUGGGGGCAGGGCCUCUGGGCCAAGCGGAUGGGCAGGUGCAAGGUGUACUGGGAACGCGGCGGCCUCCUGGCGGCCUCGGAGACUCCGCCCCCACCCCGCCUGCUCCCCAGGAACGAGGCCACACCCAUCUUCGACUUCUCGGUCUUUCGGCAGGCUCACAGCAGCUUUCUCCUAGAGCUGGCGGAGUACAGGGAUCAGAGGAGACGCACGUCCCCCGACUACACCAUCUACCUGGGCUUUGGCCAGACCCUGUCCAGGAGGCCCACGGAGAAGAACCUCAUACUGGUGAAGGUGGUGCCCCGAAUCUGCCAGCUGUGCCAUGAGGCCGUUCAGCGGCAGGAAGGCGUGUCCUCCCUGGACAGCGGCGGCCUCAGCCUGCAGGUGUCCAACAGCCUCAGCCUCUAUGAAGUGUUGGAGAACUUCCUCAUGGAGACCGAAUACCCGGCCUAGAUGUGCUGCCCUUGCCUGGAGGAGGGGGACGGAUCAAGGCUGUCCGAAGCCUGCUGGGGGCUCAGUCUUUGGGACGGAUGCCCCUCUCCUGUGUGUGCAGCACAGACCCAGGCCUCCUUUCCUAGCCAAGUCAUCAGUGGCUCCCUCUUGCUUCUCACGGAAAAUAAAAAAAACUCUGCUUCUGGCUUUUUGCUUCUUCA